AUGAGUUCUACUCCCGAAAAGCGUUGGGACUCCGAAAGGGUCCGAAAAAAAGAGUCUUGGUGGUCAUCGACAAGACAGAUUUUCAGCGGUGAUCAAUUCCGGUCGGUGGUCACCGAGGUUCGUUUUGCCGAUACCACCGACCGAUCGAUCAGUCAUGUUCUGUUUUGGUCGGUGGCCGUCGAAUUUCAGCGUAUAGCGACCCGAAUCUACUUCUAA